AUGAAUAAAGAAUCCAUCGAAGCGGUCCUCCACGAAGAGUAUGUGAUCAGCAAACGUGAGUAUAAUGAUUUAGUGGCAGAAUCAGCAAAAGUAACUGAUAAAAUUGAGAAAUCAAUCCAAUUUUAUGAACGUUAUUGUUCUAAUCUCCAAGCAUUCAUAAAUUCAACAAUUGUUCACGAUAACAUGAUCAAAACUAUUCUAGAGAAACCAGAAGAGCUACUUGCUCCUGGUUAUCCAGGAUCUGAUUUCAAAAAUUUCACAAAUUUCUUUUUAUUGAUUAAUGGACAAUUAAAUCAAUUUCAGACUAUUCGUAAAACACUUCAUGAUACCAUUAUUAACCGUUUAAAGAUAAUUAACUCCGAAUUUAACUCUGGAAUUCAAUAUUUAUCUCUAGAAAACCAAAAAGCCGCAAACAUUCGAAACGCAGCAAUUCAAGCAUACUCUGAAAUAAACGAAAAGAUUGCCACGCAAGCCAAUACCAUCGAAAUUCUUUAUUCAAAAUUCCAAGAUUCAAAAAGUGAAAAAAUGAAGAACAAACUUUCAAAAGCAUGUGAAGAAUAUCAAAUAUUCCUCGGUUUACGCAAUCAAAGGUAUAAAGAAAUGCGAACUGCUCACAUCAAAGCGAUACAAGCAUACAACGACUCUGUCUACAGAAUUAAGAUGCUAGAACUCAGCAGAUCAAGUAACCACAAAGAAACUAUACAAUUCCAUUCCAAAAUCAUAGCGGACUGCAUUAAAAAAACUGAACAUAUCAUUGAAAAGUUCCAUGCAGUCCAUAGAGACUGGAACGAGGACAUAAACAUCUUCCUUAUGAAGACAGGUAUCUCUCGCAGCUCCUGGAAGCCUCUAGAGUUUGUUCCUCCCAAAUUUAGUUUCGAAGAUUCUCGAAUUGACAGUCCCCUUCCUCCAAAACCAGGAUUUGGUAAUCCUGCACCAAUCGCAAUGUGUCAAGCUAUCAAUGACUACUCUCCUACCCAUGAUGGAGAAGUUUCUGCUUCAAAAGGUGACAGAUUUUAUGUUUUUGACAAUUUAACUGGUCCUAACUCUUAUGUUUGCUGUCCUCAUGGCGAAGGAUUCAUCCCAUCAACUGCUAUACACAAAAUUGAAGGUGAAUAUUACCUUGUAACCACGCCAACUGUUGCUCUUGAAGAAGGUUUCCUUUCUGCUUCUGCUGGAGAAAUUUUGAGAUUUAUAUCUGACUGCGAUGGAUCAAAGAUGUUUGAGAAUUUGAAGGGAAUGGUUGGAAAAGUUCCUGAUGAUUACAUUGUUUCAUUUUAA